AUGCAUACGAAUUUCUCAUUAUCUGCCGCCAUUUGGGCCGCAUUUCUUUCCCUCGCAACUGCCCAAUCUUAUACAAGUUGUGAUCCUAUGGAAAAAUCCUGCCCUGCCGACCCGGGAAUAACGAGUACCGAAAUAUCUUACGACUUCACCAAAAGCUCGGAUCUUGCAAAAUGGAACACCACUGCUGGGACAGUAACGGCCAGUGACGAGGGAGCAAAGUUCACCAUCAGUCAAGAGGGAGACGCCCCGACCAUUGAAACCGAAUAUUAUAUUUUCUUCGGGGAAGUUAGCAUUACCAUGAAAGGUGCUUCGGGGACUGGAAUUGUCAGCUCUGCUAUUUUAGAGUCGGAUGACCUCGACGAGAUUGACUGGGAGAUUUUAGGAAGCUAUAGCUCCAAGCUUCAAACUGACUAUUAUGGCAAAGGAGAUAGUGGUUCCUACGACCGCUGGACUUGGGUAGAAGCCUCGAACCCUCUGUCCACCUUCCAUACUUAUAAAUGGGUGUGGACUAAGACGGAAUUGACUUGGUCUAUCGACGGCACCGUUGUGCGGACCCUGAAAUAUGCUAAUGCUGUACAUGACGGUGCCUCUCGAUACCCCCAAACGCCCAUGAGCGUUCGCAUUGGAAUUUGGGCAGGCGGCUCCAGCAGCAGCGAGGGUACCGUUGAGUGGGCUGGGGGUGUGACCGAUUACUCUGAUGGCCCAUUCACCAUGUAUGUCAAGUCUGUCUCUAUUGUGAACUAUAACCCAGCGGAAUCGUAUAAAUGGACGGACAAAUCUGGCUCAAUGGAUAGUAUUGAGAUUGUUGGAGGCACCUCGAGCACAGGAACCACAGACUCCUCAACCGGGACGGCAGCGGUUCCAGCUUCAGUGGCUGCUACUGGUGGUUUAUGGCGUUCUCACCCUUCGGGCUCGUCACAGACUACCAGCCGUCCCAUGUUCUCUACUAUUGGCAUUGGCCACUUGUCUAUUUUCAUCUCUAUUUUAAUGGUGAUGAUAUGUCUUUAA